AUGCACCAAGUCGACUUCGACCCAUCAAUUUUCUCCGAAGCCUCGUCCAAAACAGUCAUAAUCACAGGCGGCGCCAACGGCAUCGGCGCCGCAACGGCAUUGCUCUUCAACAAACACGGAGCAAACGUCGUCAUAGCCGAUCUGCGAUCUUUCGAGAAAAACGCAGAGACAUUGAUUGCAACAUUCCCGCAUCCUGAAUGCGGGGUUUUCCUUCCAGCCAAUAUCCUGGAUUGGGGGCAGAUGAUAGCCCUUUUCAAGGGGACAGUACAACGCUUUGGGGGGAUUGAUAUUGUUAUCGCCAAUGCCGGGAUUAUGGAAUCUCAUACGGUGCUGGGUUUGGAUGAUUUAGACGAAGAGGGAGAUUUAAGAGAGUCAAAAGAGGGGUUUAAAGUGAUUGAUGUGAAUCUAAAGGGGACGCUGAAUACCUUGAGAUUAGCGAUGCAUCAUAUGAAGUCAAAACAAACACCGUCCGGAUCAGUCGUUCUUCUCGCCUCGACAUCAGGUUACUUUGGAGGAACGGGGGUGAGCGCAUAUGUCGCCUCAAAACAUGGUGUUGUUGGGUUACUACGCGCAUCACAAGCCACCGCACAGCAGCAUGGGAUCAGAGUGAAUGCCAUUGCACCUUUCUUCACACCCACUCGAAUCACAGCGGGAUUUGCACGAAGCUGGGAGGAAGCGGGGCUUGAAGCUAAUACUCCGCAAAGGGUGGCUGAGUCGAUUGUACAAAUGGCGGUGGACUCGAGCAAGAAGGGGGCAUGUCUUUUGGUUGCCGGGAAAUAUCAAAGAGAAAUGGAGUUGACGAGGGCGAAAUUGCUCCCAACAUGGCUGGGAGAAGAUGUUUCAGACUUUAUGAGUCGAGCAGGGCGGUUCUUCGCGGAUAUUGGAGGUUAUGUGCUGCCAAAGCUGAGCUGA